AUGGCGGAGCAGCAAGCGCAACAGCCGGCCAAUCAGGAUGAUGAUGAUGGCCCGUCCUGGGUUGAGAAAUUCCUCAAUGUUGGCAAACGUUGUUUGGGAGUCUUUGCAAAAGGCUCGCCGCCCGAGCCAACGCCCGAGGUUUCUGCAUACUUGCGCUCCAUUGGUAUUCAGCAAAGACAUAUGCUCCAGAUUUACUCUGUGUUCGACUAUUUGAAGCGUUGUGAGGAUGACGAGGCCUUCAUCACCACUGUGUAUUCGGUUUCGUCAGAUGUAAUGCCAGUGCUCAUCGAGGACCGCCGAAAGUAUGUGAUCAGACUACUGAGGUGCAUCCUCAAACUGGGAGAUUGUGAGGAGGAAGCUACGUGGGACAAGUUCCUGUGGGUAAUGUUGCGCUUUUGUUCAUUGAAUCGGGUGGAGCUUGCCCAGACUCUCUUCCUAUGUAUUCUUCGCAUACGUGACAGUACUACGUAUCAUUACAUUCGCAGCUACGAGCUUCAGGAGUUCUUUGCAGCUUACAAGAACUGCCCGGUUAAGUCUUUCGACACAGCGGAGAUUAACUUCGACCUGCUGCCCAUCCGGAGAUAUUACGCGUCGGAUUUCGCCGAACUGUUAAUGAGGUAUUCUGUCUUGCUGCAUCCCAUUCUCCAUCUGCAGCAAUCGCUUCAAUCCAAGCUUCCUUCCAUGGACUUCUGGGAUAACAACACAGAGUCCGUUUCCUUCUGCAGAAAGAUUACCUUCGACUUCUUCAUGAUGGAGACGGGUCGGAUUUUUCUGCGAGGUGAGCCACCAUUCCGGGAGACGUGUGACAUGCUGUGCCCCGACGCCCUAGGCUGUGUGCCGAUCAACCAGGACCAGUGGAUCCUGCGAACUUGGGUUGCCAAGGGCGGCCAAGGUCUUGCCCAAGUUUUUGUUUGGGGCGAGCAGGCACUGCCCGAAGUGAUCGACUUGCGUCAGAUGGCCAAGGAGGAGGAAGAGGAGCGAGAGCGCCUGCGUCUUGAGAAAGAGAAGGCGGAAGAGGAGGAAGCCAUGGAGAAGGAGAUCUCCAAAGCGGACUUGGCAAAGAUACAGAAAGAGUCAGAAAUUAAACUUGAAGACAUGACGGAAGAUGAAGCCAAGCGGCACCGGCAAACGCAGGCAAUGGAGAAGGCCAAGAGGGAAGCGGAAAUGAAGAAAGACCGCUCGAUGAACGACAAGCCUUCCUUCGACUUAACGGCGCUGACUCGUCAGGCGGCGGUGAUGGAUGAAGAGUUUGCCGCGCCCGUAGAUGUGUUGCCGCCUCCCUGGAUGAAGAACUGCACCAUCGCGCCUGCUCAGCAGCUCCGCGGUGCGGAUCCCCCGCUGCAAGUACAGAUGAAGCAGCCUAAGAAGGUCAUCUACAAGGUCACCAAGGAGUCGGAUCGCAGGAAAGUAGCCAGGGCGAAGAGGGCACUGAACGACGCCGAAGGCGAAGAUGACGGGGCAGACAGUCCGGACAGUCGUCCGGAAAGUCCGGACGAUGAAGCCUGA